AAAGUCUACGCGCGUGUCGCCGGCUACUACUGCGCUUGGUAGAUAGACUGCGUAAGCUCAAUACAACGCAAGGCCUCGUCGCGCGUACUGUCAUUGUUCGUGUAGCUCGUCGUCGCGCCGUGUGUUUACGUUCUAGUUUGCUACCCGCCCGGAGGGGGUGUCAUUUUUCGCUGAUGCACCACAAGAUCGAAAAUCGGGCACUAGUCGCGAACUGUACGGGCUAUACGUUGAAGAACCUCCACCGGCACAAUAUAGUUGGCAAAGUGUGUGCAUACCUUGGCGAGAAAGGGUAGAAGUGUACGUGCGACGGAUUCCGAUGGAGACGCAUGAUAGUUGGACGAUAACACAUGUGCUGUGGUAGUGUGCGAGUGUUUAGAUAGGCACUUUUUACAUCGCGUAUUGACUCGCCGACUCGCGGCAAGUGUGAUUUUAUUGAGCAGAAGACAAACAACAGACUGGAGGACAAAUCUAUUAGGCCGGCGAAUGUAUAAUGGAAUGGCAUUCGAUAUCUGACCAAUAAGAACCACCAUUAUUAAUAUUGCGAAGGGGUUUGCCGUAACAUAAACGCUUAGUGGUAGACGGUGAACAAAUAGCUUAACGACUACAGCUAGUCUUAUCUUCAUGAGCCCUGGGAGAGGGUUAUUUAUCUUCUGAUUGCACCGCACCGUUGAAGUAUUGCGAAUCGCUAUCUUCAACGAGCGUCGCAUCCUCCUUUUCCCGAUUGCUGGCGGGGACGAGCUGUCCCAAUGCUAGCACAUCCGCACAGUGUGUGACGGACUGCAGAAUGGCACCGACCGAAAACGGGACGACCGAUGUUGAGCAGGCAAUCGGAACGCCCGCGUUGGGCGUUGAGGACGAAGAACGAAAGGAUCACCAUGACAACGAAGCUCAGCCGCUCUCGAGGGGCGAUGGAUGCGAAAAGCUGACAGCCUCAAACGAGACGAACAAAGCAACAACCACGUCCAUUGGCUGGAAGGAUGGCUAUCAGCAGAUACUAGCGACCUGUUUGGUGAAUUUGAUAGUUGUCCAGGCAGGUAUCAACAUGACCUACUCGGCCAUUCUGCUGCCUCAGCUCUCCGAGCCAGACAGCCCAAUACUGAUUGGGCGCAACGAAGCGUCCUGGAUAGCGUCCGUGGUGACGAUUGCUCUUCCACUUGGAUCGCUCGUUGUCGGUCAGCUGAUGGAUCAGUUCGGACGGAAAAAGAUCUCACUCGCAACGUGUGUUCCGUUUGCUGUGGGCUGGAUUUUGAUUGCCGGUGCGUCGAACGUUGGCAUGAUCUACAUCGCUCGUAUCAUCCUGGGAACGUCCGGCGGUCUCACCACGGUGGCCCUGGUGUACGUGAGCGAAAUCUCGCACGUAUCCCUGCGUCCGAUGCUGCUGUGCGCCAACAGUGUGUUUGUUUCGUUCGGGAUUUUGCUAACCUGCGUUCUAGCGGUGUUCUUCGAUUGGCGAGCAAUAGCGUACAUUUUCGCUGGAUUCUCAGUGGUAACAUUUUUGCUCAUCCUGCUUAUUCCCGAGUCUCCCCACUGGCUGGUGACGUUUACCAAGAAAGAUCCCACCAAAGCUCGGGCUGUUCUGUGCUGGCUGUAUCGCAACAAGAAGCUGGCCGAGGAACAAUUUCAGCAAAUUGCAGCCAACAGUACGCCGACCCGUCAGCCGCCACACGUUACGAACGGGAAAGCAAAGUGUGCCAUAAACUCGCUAUCGUUGAAAGUGUUCCUGCAGCCGCGCGUUUACCGGCCGAUGACGAUUCUGCUGCUAGUGUUCCUGUUUCAGCAGCUAUCCGGUGCGUACGUGCUCAUCUUUUACGCCCUGAACGUAUUCCAGCAGAUCAACGAAGCAACGCUAGCACAGGGCGAACAGGGCGCCAGCUUCAAUCAGUACACUGCGCUGGUUGUGUUGGGCGCGAUUCGCUUCAUCAUGUCGAUCAUCACGUCGGGCUGCUCGAGAAGGUAUGGCCGCCGGCCAUUGCUCUGCAUCUCGGGCCUGGCGAUGGGCGCUUGCAUGACGAUCGGUGCACUGUAUCUGGAUUUAUUGCACGACCGUUUGGGCAGUGCAGUUGUUGGCAGCUACCUGUUGCUUGCGUGCGUUCUGGGAUACGUGUGUUUCAGCGCUCUCGGUUAUCUCGUACUACCCUGGACGAUGAUUGGGGAACUGUUGCCCACCGAUGUUAAAGGGAAGCUAGGAGGGCUGACUGUAUCGAUUGCGUACGUGCUGAUGUUUGGUGUGGUCAAGAUCUUUCCUUAUCUGCUCGAGCAGGUGGCAAUACGCGGCAUUUUCUACCUGUACGCUGCCACGUGCUUUGCUGGAGUGGCAUACAUCUAUUGCUACGUACCGGAAACGUAUGGCAAGAGCUUUGCCGAGAUUGAACGUUUCUUUACCGACAAGCACCAUCGGCGAAGAGGGGUCGCACAAACGGCUGGUCCUUAAGCUUAUACAAUAGCGAGUGUGUGUGUUUUUUUUGUUUUGGUUUGUGUUAGUUUGGCCUUACAAUUAAGAUAGCUCGUGUUGUCCAUCUGUUUUGGACGUUUGGGCAAUAUAAAAUAGCAGAAGUGGGCAGGAAUACAUUUAAACUGAACAUUAAUCUUACAUACAACAUAUAGAACCCCAUCGGUGAUUGUGAUGAAGGCAAACAUUUGGCAUCGCACACACCGGGAGAAUAGGGCCCGGAGGUGGCGAUGGCACAAAUACGAUAGUCUUCCAAAUUUGCUUAAAUUACCACGAUACAAUACUGAACUUAAGUACCUUGAGUCGAAGCCAAAAGUGAGUGCUGAAGUAAUACAGCAAGAUUGUAAGGUUAAUGAUAUGGAAUAAGUGGUCUAGAUUAGCAAACAACCGGACGAGCAAUAUUGCUAAAGAACAAACUAAACCAAAAAAGAUGGGUUUGAUUUUGAUAUACAUACUUUGAUAUAUGCAAGCAUACCACCAAUUUAACGCUUUAUCUAAAAUAUAUCUAUAUUUACAAUGAAGACAUUAAAAAAGUAGAACAAAUAUUGUAUACCAGCAACACUGUUUACCGCGUCGUUUGAUGUAGGUUGAACCGGAGCUGGUUCUGUUUAUUUAGCGAGCCGUGUUUGAUUGAGCGUAUCUUAUCAGUCAGUACCGUACGGCACUGCGUGGGAGUACCCCGAGAGCGAGACAAUUCAACAAUGUACAAAAUGUUGCAUAUCACUAAAAGCUUUUAUUGUUUGAAUAUGUUUUCCAUUGGA